AUGGAGGAACUCAACUUCACUGUGGUGGCAUCGAACGUGUCCAUCUCCGAUUUUUCUGAAUACCAACCUGAUGUGUUCCCUGCAGUGCUGCUGUCCAUCUGCUUCCUGCUGGGAGUUCCUGGAAACAUUGCCGUGGUUCUUCUUAGACCCAGCUUUCAGCAUCUGUCCAGCCUGAGCCAGAGUUUGAUGUUAAAUCUGGCUUUUUCAGACCUGCUCUGCCUGCUGACCCUCCCAGUAUGGAUUUACACGUUUCUCUACAGCUGGACCUUGGGCCUGGAAGCCUGCAAGCUGAUGGCGUACCUCAUGUACUGCAGCGUUCAUGGCAGACAGCUGACUGUGAUGAUGCUGGCCGUCCAGCGCUACCUGCUGGUUGUGCGCCUUAAGAAGUUCCUACAUCUUGGAAGGAAGAGGCUGCUGGUUCUGCUCUGGCUGGUUGCAGCGCUGCUGUCCAUCCCUGCUUUAGUGCUUCCACAGCUGUUCAGAUAUCAGAACAGUUCCCAAUGCGUUCGUGUCUACACCCCUGAUGCACAGAGGGUAGCUGAACUGCUGACUGAAAUCCUGUUAGGAUUCAUUUCCCUUUUUGUUGUGGCGUUUGCUUACAUCCAGGUCCGCAGAAAGGUGAACCAGGCGGCAUUUUUCAACAACCCCCAGACAAACAGACUGGUUACCAGCAUCAUUGUGACCUUUUUUGUCCUGUGGAUGCCGUAUCACACCGUGAAUAUGCUGGGUGUCAUUGCCAUUUCUCUAAACAACGAGAGCUUGUUGAAGUUUUGCACAGACGCCUGGACAAAUGUUACAGCUGUAACAUUUGUGAACAGCUGCCUGAAUCCACUCCUGUAUGCAUUUGCGUCUUACAAAAUGUGUCAAACAACCACAACAAAUAAUGCAGCUGCUGUCACCACCGACGACGAGGUACAAGAAUAACAUCACCAAGAUCAAAUCAUCAGUUUCUGCUCAACUAUCUCUGCAAUGAUGACUUUCUUCUUGAAAAAUUUAUAAACAUUUUCAAAGUUGUUUCUGAAUUUUAAGCUUGACAUAUCAAA